UAUAGAAUUUUAGGGUUCUAAGGAUCGAGGCUAUGGCGCUGCUGAGCCGCCUUCCACCUCCGAAGAGCGCCGUGGAGCAGCAGCGCGUGGACGACGUCGCCUCCCAAUCGUGGUACCAGAGCCGUCUCGAGGUAAUCAGGCCGCAGGCAGUGAGCAAGCACAAGGAGCCGCCGCCCUAUGGCAAGCGCUCUGGCUUCGUGCCGAAGAGGGUUGAGGAUUUCGGCGAUGGCGGCGCCUUCCCGGAGAUCCAUCUCGCCCAGUUCCCGCUGGAGAUGGGCAAGAAGCACGACAAGCACAACAAUUCGGUGCUGCCCACGACCGUGGACGCGCAGGGGAACGUGAGGUAUGACGCGGUGGUGAAGCAGGGCGAGAAUUCUUCCAAGAUCGUCUACACCCAGCACAGGGAUCUUGUCCCCAAGCUCCCCAGCGAGGUUCCCUCGGCCAAGCCGGGCGAGGAUGAGAUCAAGGAGACAACCGAGAGGACGAAGAUGGCGCUGGAGAAGAUCGUCCACGAGAGGCUGGCGGCCGCGCAGCCCAAGAACGUUCCAUCGGCGAGCUCCGGGCCGUCUUACAUCAAGUACACUCCCUCGCAGCUCUCGUCCGCGUUUAACUCUGGAGCUAAGGAGAGGACUAUCAAGAUGGUGGAGAUGCCCGUGGAUCCACUCGAGCCGCCAAAGUUCAAGCACAAGAGAGUUCCAAAGCCGUCGGGGUCGCCGCCGGUGCCGGUGAUGCACUCGCCACCCCGGCCUGUGACGGUGAAGGACCAGCAGGACUGGAAGAUCCCGCCGUGCAUCUCCAACUGGAAGAACCCGAAAGGAUACACCAUCCCGCUCGACAAGCGCCUGGCCGCCGAUGGCCGCGGCCUCCAGGAGGUCCAGAUCAACGACAACUUCGCGAAGCUGUCUGAGGCGCUCUACGUCGCGGAGCAGAAGGCCCGCGAGGCGGUCACGAUGCGGUCCAAGAUCCAGCGCGAGAUCACGCUCAAGGAGAAGGAGAAGAAGGAGCAGGAGCUGCGAGCCCUGGCGCAGAAGUCGCGGAUGGAGAGAGCAGGGGUGGUGGCGCCGGACAGGGGCGGGGGCCGAGCAGUAGCAGUGGAGGAGGAGCGAGAGGAGCGAGAAGAGCGAGAGGAGGACCGGGAGGACCGGGAGGAGAGAGCGGAGCGGCAGAAGAGGGAGGCGAUCCGGAUGGACAGAAAGCGCGAGCGCGAGAGAGAGCGGCGGCUCGAGGCCAAGGAUGCGGCCGGGGGGAAGAAGAGCAAGCUCACCAGGGACAGGGACAGGGAUAUCACCGAGAAGGUUGCUCUCGGCAUGGCCAACGUUAAGUCGAGCGGUGGCGAGCAGGUUCUCUACGACCAGCGGCUCUUCAACCAGGAGCAAGGCAUGGACUCUGGAUUCGCGGCCGACGACACUUACAGCGUCUACACAACCGGGCUGUUCACGAGCCACCCGAGCAUCGGUGGUCUUCACAGGCCCAAGAAGGACGCGGACUCGGAGAUGUAUGGAGGCGAGGAGGACCUGGAGAAGCUCAAGACGGACCGGUUCCGGCCGGACAAGGGAUUCGCCGGGGCGACCGAGCAGCGCGCUCCCAGGGAGAAGCCGGUGGAGUUUGAGAAGGACGAGAAGGACCAGGAUCCAUUCGGGCUCAACUCGUAUCUCAGCGAAGUGAAGCGCGGGAAGAAGCCGAGUGAUCGUAGCGGAGGAGGAACCAUGAAAGCCAGCGGUGGAUCCGGGACUCGAGAGAGCUACGAGGGGGGAUCCAGCAGGAGCCGUGUAGAUUUCCAGCGAGGAAAGUGAGAAUAGAUCAAAGAACUUAGCGAGUUCUCUAUGUAAGUUUCUAUCUAUUUUACAAUGGAUUGGUGCCACCUUGUUCUA